AUGAGUUGUCCAGUAAAUAAAGACGCCCUUGACAAAUUGAAACAAUUCAUUCAAAUUUGCAAGUCAAAUUCGAGUAUUCUGCACCUGCCGGAACUGCAAUUUUUCAAAGACUUCAUCGAAUCGCUCGGGGGCGUCGUCCCGGAGGAGCCGAAAAUGCCGUCGGAUAUCAAAGUCGAACCGGAGGUCGUCGGCGAGGAGCCGCCGGAGGAGGCACAAGCCGAUUCGGAGACCGAAAGUGUACUGGAAUUCGACAUGACAGGCUGCGUAGAACCGGACAAGCUCGACGACAACCAAAAAAUGGGCGAUCCCUUGAAAGAAAUCACCGAAGAGGCCUCCGACCAGGCCGACGAGAAGCGAAUGGAGGCCAUGUCGCAGCUCUCCGAAGGCAACAUAGAGAGAGCCAUUGAACUGUUCACCGAAGCCAUCGAACUCAACCCGAACAGUGCUUUGUUGUUCUCCAAACGAGGCCAGGCUUACUUGAAGCUCACCAAGCCCAACGCUUGUAUUAGAGACUGCACGAGAGCCUUGGAACUCAAUUGCGACUCCGCUGCGGCUUAUAAAUUCCGUGGAAGGGCUUACAGGUUAUUGGGCGAAUGGGAAUUGGCUGCGAAAGAUCUAAGGCAAGCUUGUAAUAUCGAUUGCGACGAACAGACGGAUGAGUGGUUGAAAGAAGUGACGCCGAAUGCCAAGAGAAUCGAGGAGCACAUGAUUAAGAAGGAGAGAAAAUUGAAGGAUAAACAGGAGAAGGAACGAAUGGAGCACAUUAGGAAAGCGAGGGAAGCUCACGCAAAGGCCGCAACUGCAAAUAAAGAGGACGGGGAUCAACCGGAGGCUUCACCCGAGGGAGACGCGAAUAGUUUCUUUAAAUUGUUGCAAGAUCCUGAAAUUAUGACUGCGUUCCAGGAUCCUGAAGUUGCCGCAGCUUUUCAAGAUAUUUCGAUGAAUCCAGCGAAUUUCGUGAAAUACCAAUCCAAUCCGAAAAUAAUGAAUCUCGUUACGAAACUGUCAGGCAAAUUCGCUGGAUCUGGGAUGAAUAUACCCGGAUUCUCAGGAGCGGGUGCCGGAGCCGGUUUUCCUGGAUUCCCAGGUUUUGGUGGAGCAGGAGCUGGAGCGGGGGCACCUAAACCUCCACCCACUGACGAUGAUAAUUUAGACUAA